AUGAAAUCUUGCCUGGAGCGUUGCACAGAAUCUGUUGCGCCAUCUUCCCUAGCCGGUCAUCUGUUUCUCCUCGCGGGACUCGUUCGUGGCAGUUCGGUUGUUCAGCUUGCCGCCCCGGGACUUGAUGCGGAACACACUGAUGAUUCGGCUAGUACGAACGCCUCUAUCCUAUCAGAUAUCGUUCUGUAUCUGAGCCAGGAUGAUCUGCUUUCUGUGGUUUCGUUCGGUUCGAAAGCGGCAUUAUUGGAAUGCGUUCUCGUUGUUGUUCGUCGAUUAGAGGAGUGCGUUGUGAGUCUACAAUCCAAAUCCACCGCAGAGUUGCCAACUGAGAAAACAGCUCAGGAGAUACAGGAAGCCACAGCAAUCGAAAUGAAUCGAAGUGCUUCAGUUGUUUUGUUGUCCGAUAUCCAGGUUAGCCUUUGA